GCUUCCGGGUUUGCAGAGGGGCCGUGCGAGGGGACUGUGCCCCGGGAACAGCAGCUGUCAAUCAAACCGUCCCGGGAAGAGCGGCGCCGCGGAAUCAAUACAAAUCCAUGUUCGGCAUCUUCUAUACCGCCUGCUUCUCCAUAGUUGUCGGAGCGGGAGGCCAUAAUGCAAAAGGCAAAGAAAUCCAGGCGGAGGAGAUGGCUCAGUACAGACAGCGAGUUAAGGAUAUGUUUUAUCAUGCCUACAACAAUUACCUGGAGAACGCUUUCCCUUAUGAUGAACUGCGACCUUUGACCUGUGAUGGUCAGGAUACAUGGGGCAGCUUUUCCCUGACAUUGAUCGAUGCAUUGGACACUCUGUUGGUGCUGGGUAACGUUACCGAAUUUCAGAGGGUUUUUCACGUUCUUCAGGAGGGAAUGGACUUCAACAUAGACGUUAACGCUUCGGUAUUUGAGACCAAUAUUCGAGUGGUGGGAGGCUUAUUGUCUGCUCACUUACUCUCCAAAGAAGGUGGAAUCCAGGUCGAGCCAGGAUGGCCCUGUACUGGACCUUUGCUCAGAUUGGCGGAAGAAGCUGCUCGCAGGCUACUGCCGGCUUUCCAGACUUCAACGGGAAUGCCUUAUGGAACAGUAAACCUCAUGAACGGAGUUAAUCCCACUGAGACCCCAGUCACUUGCACUGCUGGUAUUGGCACCUUCAUUCUGGAAUUUGCCACUCUCAGCCGCCUGACAGGUGACCCUGUAUUUGAGGAAGUGGCAAGGAAAGCACUGGAUGCACUGUGGAACAGCCGCUCGGACAUAGGCCUUGUUGGAAACCAUAUUGAUGUGGAAACAUCAAAGUGGAUAGCACAGGAUGCUGGAAUAGGUGCUGGGAUUGACUCCUACUUUGAGUAUCUGGUGAAAGGAGCCAUCCUGUUGCAAGAUGAGAAGUUGAUGUCUUCCUUCCUUGACUAUGAGAAAGUUAUUGAGAAUUACACAAAGUUUGAUGACUGGUAUGUGUGGGUUCAAAUGUACAAAGGUACCGUCUCCAUGCCUGUCUUCCAGUCUCUGGAUGCCUUCUGGCCAGGACUCCAGAGCCUCAUUGGUGAUAUUAACAACGCCAUGAAAACAUUCCAUAACUAUUACCAGGUCUGGAAACAAUAUGGCGGCCUCCCUGAGUUCUACAGCAUCCCUCAGGGUUCAACUGUGGACAAGCGAGAGGGAUAUCCACUGCGACCAGAGCUGGUGGAGAGUGCUAUGUAUCUGUAUCGAGCAACUGGAGAUCCGACUCUGUUGGAGAUGGGCAGGGAUGUUAUCGAGGCCAUUGAGAAGAUCAGCCGUGUGGAUUGUGGUUUCGCUACAGUGCGGGACUUGCGGGAUCACAAGCUGGACAAUCGUAUGGAAUCAUUCUUCCUGGCGGAAACGGUGAAGUAUCUCUACCUGCUGUUCGACCCUGACAACUUCCUGCACAAUGACGGCUCCACUUUCCGCACUGUCACCACGCCCUACGGCGAAUGCAUCCUGGGAGCUGGCGGCUACCUGUUCAACACAGAGGCACACCCCAUUGACCCCGCGGCCUUGCACUGCUGUAGCCAACACAAGGAGGAAAGGUGGGAGGUUGAGGGGCUCAUGCAAGACUUCCGGGCCACGCAGUAUGCCAGGAUGGGAGUGCAUGCAGCCAGUGCUUCAGAUCAAACUCCUCAGUACAGCCAGAAAAUACAGACUACACGUGGUGGCAAGAACACAAACAAGAGGACACAUAACAAAAGAAUUCCAGUGCUGAGCUGCCCCCACCAGCAUUUUAGCUGGAAACUUGCGGUAUUAGGUCAAGUGUUUGCAGACUCUUCCUGAUGUGAACACCUUAUGUUCUAAAGGGACUUUAUUUAUGAAAUACUGAGGAAUAAAGUUUGAUGUUUUUCA